AUAUGAUGAAUUAAUAUUAAUUCAACUUAAAUUUAUUUAUAGUUUUAAGUAUUAAAAAAUUUAUUAUGGAAUUCAUUAUUGGUAUACAAGGCGCUGAUUUUGUGUUGACUGCUGCUGAUCAAAAUGCUGCCCGCAGUAUUGUAAGAAUGAAAAGCGAUUUGGAUAAAAACUACGAAUUAGGUAAAAAUUUAAUGAUGACAGUAUGUGGAGAAUCAGGUGAUACAAAUAACUUUGCUGAAUAUAUUGCUAAAAAUAUACAACUCUAUAAAAUGAGAAAUGGAUAUGAGUUGACUCCGCAUAGUGGUGCUAACUACGUGAGAAAAACAAUGGCUGAUUUUUUACGUAGCAGGACACCAUAUCAAGUUAAUUUGUUAUUAUCUGGUUGUGAUGAUGAAGGUAGACCAGCACUUUACCACAUGGACUAUUUAGGAGCAAUGGUCAAAGUUCCUUUUGGUUCUCAUGGUUAUGGAUCAUUUUUUUCACUUAGCACACUAGACAGACACUGGAGAAGUGGUAUGUCUCGUAAUGAGGUCAUGGAUUUAAUGAAAAAUGUAAUAGCUCAGGUUCAAAAGCGCUUUAUUGUGAAUUUGCCAUCAUUUAGUAUUCGUAUAGUUGACAAGGAUGGAAUACAUGAUAUGGGAUCUUACACUCCAGAUAAAAUUUCUGUUUGAGCCAAACCCUUAAAUAGUUUUAUAGCUGUUCAAACAUUCUGUCUGAUUUUUUUGGACGGAAAGUAGACUUGCAAAGUUUUACUAGAUAUCAUUUGAGA